CCCAAAUCGAUAAGAAACCCCAUAGCAAAAGAAUCUCCCUUCCCCUUGUUCACCCUUUAAUAUUUUCUUUCAAUCAAGGCGUCCCCGUAAACAACCUUGGUCCCAAGGUUAACAGAAAAACAACAAAAAACAAAGGGUCCUCGACUUGACUCGACUCUCUGCUCGACCCAGUCCGCUGUAAAUACUAGUGUUAAUAAAACUCCAUUGGACCGCCACCUUGCGGCGGCAGUUGCAGCGGCAGCUGGCAUGGCGGUGUCCAUACAGGCGGCGAGUCCGGUAUGGGAGUCGGUGCUAGAGCAGACUAAGUCUGCUCAGGGCAAGAACAGUGACCCACUUCUCUGGGCGGUUCAGCUCAGUUCUAGCCUUAACUCCGCUGGGGUUUCUUUGCCUUCAAUUGACCUGGCUCACCUCCUUGUCUCCCACAUCUGCUGGGAUAAUCACGUGCCCAUCACGUGGAAGUACCUAGAGAAGGCCAUGACUGUCAAAUUCGUCACUCCUAUUCUCGUCCUCGCCCUUCUCUCUACCAGGGUUAUUCCAAAUCGUAAGUUGCAUCCAGCAGCAUAUCGGCUUUACAUGGAACUCCUUAGGAGGCAUACCUUUUCACUUAAAUGUCAAAUCAAUAAGCCAAAUUAUCAAAAGACUAUGAAAUCAAUAGAUGAUGUUCUUCAUCUUUCCCAGAUAUUUGGCCUUCAAGUGUCUGAACCUGGUCUGCUUCUAGUUGAAUUUGUUUUUUCAAUUGUAUGGCAACUGCUUGAUGCAUCACUAGAUGAUGAAGGGUUGCUGGAACUUACACCAGAAAAGAGAUCAAUAUGGCCUACUAUAACCCAAGACAUGGAAAUAGAUACUCCUGAUAACUUUAAUGAGAAGAGAAAUGAGCAGCUUGAUGUAAUGUAUAAAGGAAAUACUACAAUGGCUAUUGAGAUUAUUGGGGAGUUUCUGCAAAACAAAGUAACUUCGAGGAUUCUUUUCUUGGCACGGAGAAACAUGCCAUCACAUUGGGGAGCUUUCAUUCAGCAAUUAAGCAUUCUUGCAGCACAGUCAGUGGCAUUGAGGAAUUCAAAACAUUUAACUCCAGAUGCCCUUCUGCAGCUGACAUCUGAUACACGUAAAGUUCUGUCUCGGGAAUGUAAAAUAAAAUCACAAGAAGAGUUUCAUGCUAUCAUAGGCUCCGGGUGUCUUACAUCUUCAUCUGGUCAAUGUUACGGGACUAGUUCUUCUGCACAUUGGCUUCCUAUUGAUCUUUUUCUUGAGGAUGCUAUGGAUGGAUCACAGGUGGCUGCUACUGGUGCUGUUGAAAGGCUUACUGGUUUAGUAAAGGCUUUACAGGCAGUCAAUGGUACAACAUGGCAUGAUACGUUUCUAGGUCUAUGGAUUGCAGCUUUAAGGCUUGUUCAAAGGGAAAGGGACAUUAGUGAGGGUCCUGUACCUCGCCUAGACACUUGCUUGUGCAUGUUAUUGUCUAUUACGCCUCUUGUGGUGGCUAAUAUUGUUGAGGAAGAGGAAAGUGAAUUGAUUGAUGAAAGUGAUUGCAGCCCAACCAAUCAAACAAAAGAGAAACAAGCCCCAGGAAGAUGUCGGAAGGAUUUAAUUUCCAGCUUACAAAUGCUGAGUGAUUAUGAGGCUUUGUUGACUCCACCUCAAUCGGUUCGUUCAGUAGCCAAUCAGGCUGCUGCCAAGGCAAUCAUGUUUAUUUCUGGUCUUACAGUUGGUAAUGGAUACUAUGAGUGCAUGAGCAUUAAUGACAUGCCCAUGAACUGCUCUGGAAACAUGCGGCAUCUGAUUGUUGAGGCUUGUAUUGCCAGAAAUCUAUUGGACACAUCAGCAUAUAUCUGGCCUGGCUAUGUAAAUGCACGUGCCAAUAUACCCUGUAGUGUUCCUAGUCAAGUGCCUGGUUGGUCAUCUCUGAUGAAAGGAUCCCCUUUAACUCCAACGUUAAUAAAUGCUUUGAUUGCAACUCCAGCUUCUAGCUUAGCAGAGAUCGAGAAAAUCUAUGAGAUUGCAACCAAAGGUUCCGAUGAGGAGAAGAUAUCUGCUGCUAGCAUUCUUUGUGGGGCAUCUCUAGUUCGUGGUUGGAAUAUACAGGAACACAACAUUCUCUUCAUUACAAGUUUGCUGUCACCACCAGUUCCUGCCGAUUAUUCUGGGAGUGAUAGCCAUUUGAUCAAUUAUGCUCCAUUGUUGAAUGUUCUUCUUGUUGGAAUAUCAUCUGUAGACUGCGUCCAGAUCUUCUCUUUACAUGGCAUGGUUCCUCUACUUGCUGGUACAUUGAUGCCGCUUUGUGAGGUUUUCGGGUCAACUGCUCCCACUGUUUCAUGGACUCUUCCCACGGGGGAAGAGCUGAAUAGUCAUGCGGUGUUCACCAAUGCAUUUACUCUUCUACUGAGAUUAUGGAGGUUUGAUCACCCACCUCUUGAACGUGUGAUGGGAGAUGCAACACCAGUGGGUUCCCAACUAAGUCCUGAUUAUCUGUUGCUGGUUCGAAACUCUAAAUUAUCAGCUUUUGGAAAAUCACCAAAGGAUCGUUUGAAAAUUAAAAGACUGUCAAAAAAUUUAAAUUUCUCUUUGGAUAUCAUAUUUAUGGAUUCCUUUCCCAAGUUAAAAUGCUGGUACCGGCAGCAUCAAGAAUGUAUUGCUUCCACCCUGUCAGGACUUGUGCAAGGGACCACUGUUCAUCAGAUUGUUGAUGCACUUCUCAAUAUGAUGUUCAGGAAGAUAAGCAGGGGUGGUCAGUCUUUCACUUCUACAACUUCUGGAAGUAGUAGUUCUUCUGCAUCUGGAGCCGAGGAUGCUUAUACAAGACUAAAAGUGCCUGCAUGGGAUAUCCUGGAAGGAACUCCCUAUGUGCUUGAUGCUGCUCUGGCUGCCUGUGCCCAUGGAAGACUCUCACCCCGUGAACUGGCUACAGGACUCAAAGAUCUUGCUGAUUUCCUUCCGGCAACCCUGGGGACCAUUGUUAGCUACUUUUCUGCUGAAGUAACACGAGGUAUAUGGAAGCCAGCUUUUAUGAAUGGAACAGAUUGGCCAAGUCCUGCAGCAAAUUUAUCCAUGGUUGAGCAGCAUAUCAAAAAAAUUUUAGCUGCCACUGGUGUUGAUGUCCCUAGCCUUGCCGUAGGUGGGAGCUCUCCAACUACGCUUCCUUUGCCCUUGGCUGCCCUUGUUAGCCUCACAAUAACCUAUAAACUUGAUAAAGGCUCUGAACGCUUCCUUAUAUUGAUUGGCCCAGCGUUGAAUUCCCUAGCUGAAGGUUGUCCCUGGCCAUGCAUGCCCAUCAUAGCCUCACUAUGGGCUCAGAAGGUUAAGCGUUGGAAUGAUUUCCUUGUGUUCUCUGCUUCUCGUACUGUCUUCCACCACAGUAGCGAUGCUGUAGUUCAGCUUCUUAGGAGUUGCUUCACAUCUACUCUCGGAUUAAGCCCUUCUAUCAUUUACAGCAAUGGUGGAGUGGGUGCACUCCUUGGCCAUGGAUUUGGCUCUCACUUCUCUGGGGGAAUGUCUCCAGUGGCCCCAGGGAUUCUAUACUUACGAGUGCAUCGAUCAGUCAGAGAUAUCAUGUUUAUGACAGAAGAAAUUGUGUCUCUUUUGAUGUCUUCUGUAAGAGAGAUUGCCAGUAGUGGGUUAUCCCAGGAGAAAUCAGAGAAAUUGAAAAAGACAAAGUUUGGACUGAGAUACGGGCAAGUUUCUCUUGGUGCAGCAAUGACACGCGUGAAACUUGCUGCAUCACUUGGGGCUUCAUUGGUCUGGCUAUCAGGUGGAUUAAGCUUGGUCCAAUCUUUGAUCAAAGAAACAUUACCUUCUUGGUUUAUAUCAGCCCAUGCACCGGAAAAGGAUGGCGGGGAACCUGGAGGUGUAGUUGCUAUGCUGGGGGGUUAUGCACUUGCAUACUUUGCGGUGCUUUGCGGGACCUUUGCGUGGGGUGUGGACUCGGCCUCACCAGCGUCGAAACGGCGACCAAAGGUUCUUGGGGCACACUUGGAAUUUCUUGCGAGUGCAUUAGAUGGGAAAAUAUCGCUGGGAUGUGAUUCUGCCACUUGGCGUGCAUAUGUAACGGGGUUUGUGAGCUUGAUGGUCGCUUGCACACAGAAGUGGGUUUUGGACGUCGAUGUCUAUGUUUUGAAAAGCCUGAGCAACGGAUUGAGGCAGUGGAAUGAGGAAGAACUGGCUAUGGCGUUGUUGGGACUUGGUGGUGUGGGAGCCAUGAGCGCAGCUGCCGAAUUGAUUAUUGAAAUCGGAGUUUAAAUUUUUGUCAGAAGCCCUUAGACAAAACUUCCAUCCGAUGAAUUGAUGUUGCUUUCCUGUAAAGAUCAUAGCAUAUACGAGAGUUCUAACAGGGAACUGAACAAAACCGAAUCUAAUUACACUCUGGUAAAUAUGGUUCAAAACAUCUUUCUUCUUUUUUGGUUGCGAUGUAGCCCUUUUCAUUGACUCCACUAUUUGAAUGGUUGCAAAGCUAUUGGAUUGGACAGAGACACUGCCAACGCUGAAAUAGCCAGCCUUCUAUCAAGUAGUUAGCCCGUUGGCCGGGUUGGAAAUGUUUCUACCCAGCUCUUUCCCUCU